AUGCAACUACUUCAGGUGUUCAUGAGCGCGAGUAUCUCAGUUCCUCACGUGCGCACUUGGUCAUUGGUUUCCUUGCUCCUUUUGGAAACGCACACAACCGGGGAGGACAUGGUGAUCCUAAACCACUUUGCACUGCUGCUGCUUCUCGCCUGCGUCGCCCAGCACUUCCUUGUAAUUGACUGUCAGAAGGGUCAGGGAAGAACGGGGAGAAGAGAUGGGAGAGGAAGAGAAAGUGGAGGUGAAGACCGUCAACCAGAGAAGCCUCUGGCCGACGGCAACGGCAAGACUCAAAGCGGAAAGGCUUUCUUGAAGGGGAAGUUCUCUACCAAAGACAAAACUCAAUGCACGUGGUUAGCCGACGAAGAGGACACCGUUACCCUUGGCGUUGUCUGCCAGAAAGGCGGGGUUGGUUUCAACUGUGAGUACUCCGCCAGACCUGCUACCUGUGCGCCGUACGCGUCCAACGUCAAGCAGUACUGGAAACAAAUCGCUCGCGCGCUAAAGAAGCAGAAGAACAUCUGCCAGGACGCCGCGGCGCUGGUCAAAGCUGGCAUGUGCAAGAAAGCCCCCAGGGACGCCCAUUUCAAACUGAGAAUCAGCGAGGCACCACCUCCGGUUGUACAGCCCGAAAACACGAGGCAGUCUUCAUCGGACAAUAAGUCGUGUUCAGAUAAAGUUGAUCAAAAGAAACUAGCUGAAGAAUACUGCAGUGGCUCCUGGGUCACCUUUUGUAAUUUCUUUUUUACAAUGGUACAAAGCGAGGACUGCUAAGUGACUAACAAUCUGUUGUAAGUAGUCGAUCCCCCGUGCUGAAAUGCUUUGCUCAGUGCGAUUGUGUCUCCUGAACUUUCUCAUGCCGCACGCGUAAGGGGCAGUCGAAUAUUUCUCAAUUACGGAUUGUAAAUACUAUGUUUUUUACAAGCAGAUAUCAGGCAUAAUGUUAACUAUAUGAAGCUGCACUGUUUGAAAUUAGUUUUGCCACGUUUAUUUUUACACUCUCUACCUUAUCUGUCCUUAAACUACACUUCUGUAUUUAUGUUGUAAAAAAUACUAAAUAAAUAUUUUUUAUUGAA